UUGCCACAUCUUACUCUGAAAGGUCUGGGGUCGACACUGUGUCUGUCCCCCAUACAUACAGUAUAUACAUAGAUCUGUCUGUAAAUAUAUUUCCGCGCAGAGCACAGGGGGCUAUAUAUAAUAAGAAUCCGAGAAAGUAGCCUACUCUUCUACCUCUGAGGAAUGCCAUAACGCUUUAGAAAUGCAUCCGCUUACAACCCGUUGCUUUCCCAUGGGGACAUUACAAAAGACCGUCUGCUGGAAGUUGAGCCUGAUCAUAUUUUUCACGGCAUUUCUCUUUUUCUUGGAUGUGUUCGCAACCCAUAGCAGCUUGUGCAUUGCUGUGGAUGAGGUCGGGCUUUCAGAUUUCAACCAGAAGUCUCAAGAAAACGUGUCACGUAAUGUGUGGCAAGUUGACAUCAGCAGUGAAGAUACAAAAAAUUCAACAUCUUGUCUGGAUACCCAUAUCAUGGCCUAUGGACAGACCAUGUUCAUGAUAGGACUUCUGAUUGGAUCGGGAUUUUCUGGUGUGCUCUCCGACAGAUAUGGUAAAAGAAUCCUUCUCCUGGGCUGCUGCUUUGUCCAGGCAGCGGUGCCGCUGGCGACGGCGCUGCUACCGUACUCAACCGUCUACCUUGUUGCGCGGUGCGUCACGGGGAUCACCUGUUGCGGAAUCCACAUGUGCUGCUUCAGUUUGGGGGUGGAGUGGAGUCUCCCUGAUGGUCGGAUCUGGCCACCGACGCUUCUCUCCUUCAGCUUCAGCGUGGGCAUGAUGUGCUUGGCGGCCGUGGCUUAUGUCGUGCGCGGAUGGAUGCAGUUCCACCUCAUGCUGGCCUUUCCGCAGAUUAUCUGCCUUCCACUUUACUUUUCCAUCCCAGAAUCCCCCAGAUGGCUGCUAUUGAACAAAGGAGUCGAUCAGAUUAAUGUGUACCGUGCCAGAAGUGCCGAGGACAGGAAAUGGCUGGACCAGCUGCUGGACUCCCUGGAGAGUGAGCUGGUGAAAGGCAAGAAGAGCCCGGAGGAGCCCAACUCCCACAUCGCCCAGUUCAGAUCGCCCACCAUCGUCCUGCGCCUGCUGGUCAUGGGCUUUAUUGGGCUGGCCUCGGCGCUCACCUAUUACGGCAUCUCCUUCAGCGUGGGGCACUUUGGGGUAAAUAUCUACCUGGCGCAGUUCUUCUCGGGGCUGUCCGAGGCGCCCUCGCUGGGGCUACCCCUGCUGCUGGCCCGGUGUGGACGCAGGCCGUUCACCAUGAUCUCCCUGCUGGUCAGCGGCAUCUCCAGCCUGCUGUCGCUGCUGGUCUCCAGGUUCUGUGACUUGCCCUGGCUGGUGAUGACCCUGGCUCUCAUGGCCAAGCUGUGCAUGCAGUCCACCACCUGUGUGUCCCUCCUCUAUGGCAUAGAGCUUUUCCCCACAGUCAUCAGACAGAAGUGUUUUGGGAUGGUGAACGUGUGCUACCGCAUCGGCUGCAUCGUGAACGCCGUGGUGGCGCCGCGUGGCGCGAUCCCGCUGCCCGCCAUGAUCUGCUACAGCAGCGGGCCCUUCCUGGGCGCGGCCCUGUGCCUACUGCUGCCCGAGACCAGCGGCAUCCCUCUGCCCGACACCGUGCAGGACUGCGAGAAGCAGCCCCGAUUCCAGCUCCCGUGCCCACCGUGCUCCAGACGCCGCCCUGAUCAGACACUAGAGGGCGAAGAUUCGGACCGUAAUGAAAAGCUGGCUCUGGAGUCCGAGUACAAGAAAGCUGCUCUGUCGAAAGAAAUCGUCUAAUUCCCGCUUCUGGGUCCUGGAACGUGCCUAAGGAAGCGGAUUUGUGCUUUGGGCAUUUUAUGGCGAUUUUAAACUUUUAUAUCAAGUGACAGUUAGAUGUGUGAGUGGGACUGUCUGACACAAUCUUUUUGCCUGAUUAUUAACAAGAUUUCACCUACUCACCCCCCGUCAGGUCCUCAAUAGUUGUAUUAUACGGUAUUCAUAUGGAGCACAUCUCUGAUGUGACCAAGUUACUCUCAGAAUGUUUUUUGUAUUGAAAAUGUAAAUAUGAAUUGUUUAAUGCUGCAUCUAGGUUCACCUUUUUUACUUUCUUUUAUAUUAUAAAGGGAAGAAAUUAUACCAAA